AUGGAUGAGGAAUAUGAUGUUGUUGUUCUAGGAACUGGAUUAAAGGAAUGUAUCUUGAGCGGGUUGUUGUCCGUCUCUGGCAAGAAGGUCCUUCAUAUGGACAGGAACAAGUACUAUGGUGGGGAGAGUGCAUCUCUGACACUAGAUCAAUUAUAUCAAACAUUUGGUUUAGGAGAUGUUCCUGAAGCCAUGGGCCGACCUCGAGACUGGAACAUUGAUCUCAUUCCCAAGUUCAUCAUGGCUGAUGGUGAACUAGUAAAAUUACUUAUUCAUACUGGAGUGACACGCUAUCUAGAAUUCAAACAAAUAGAUGGUAGCUAUGUUUUCAAGAAAGGUGGCAAGAUACACAAAGUACCUGCCAGUGAAACUGAGGCUUUAGCUACAGGUCUUAUGGGGCUAUUGGAAAAAAGACGAUUCAAGAACUUCCUUCAGUAUGUUUAUGAGUGUGACCCAAAUGAUCCUAAGACAUUAAAGGGUGUUGAUCCCAAAACAAUGACAAUGCAAGAGCUCUUUAAGAAAUAUGAUCUUGAUGCAAAUGUUGCAGACUUUACUGGUCAUGCUUUAGCCCUUUAUCGGAAUGAUGAAUAUUUGACAAAACCUUGCAUAGAAACCAUCAAGCGCAUCCAGCUAUACAGUUCAUCUCUUCAACGUUAUGGGAAAUCUCCUUCUUAUCCUUUAUAUGGACUAGGUGAAUUACCACAAGGCUUUGCUAGACUCAGUGCUAUAUAUGGUGGUACUUAUAUGUUGGACAAACCUAUUGAUGAGAUUGUCUAUGAAGGUGGUAAAGUUGUGGGCGUAAAAUCUGGCGGAGAAGUUGCUCGUUGUAAAUGUGUUAUUGGUGAUCCUUCCUACUUCCCUGACAAAGUUCAGAAAAAUAGGCUGUUCGUGCUAUUUGUAUUUUUGACUCAUCCACUUCCAAACACAAAGGAAUCACAAUCCUGUCAAAUUAUUAUCCCUCAAAACCAAGUGGGAAGACAAUCAGAUAUUUAUGUGUGCUGUGUCUUUGCUCACAAUGUGGCUGCUAAAGAUUAUUAUGUUGCUAUGGUGAGUACUACCGUAGAGACAGCUAAACCUGAGGAUGAACUUAAACCUGGUCUCGAUUUGCUUGGACCUAUCAAAGAAAUGUUUGUCAAGGUAUAUGACCUGUUCAAGCCCACUGACAUGGGAAUAGAAAGUCAGGCAUUUAUUUCUGAGAGCUAUGAUGCCACUACUCUUGAAACUGCUUGUCGAGAUGUGUUGGUCUAUGAACGGGGGGGGAUCACUGGAGAGCCUUUUGAUUUCUCUAAAAUCCAAACAGCUGUAGUUGAAAACUGUGGAGCAUUGGACAUGGGAGGAGUGAAGGUGACCGUGGAUACAUUCUUGAUAUCCAGUCCUAUUUGCAACUGA